AUGGCUCCUAUGUUCAACAUCAUGGCACUUCCAUUGGACCUAAUCCUAGAAUUUCUCGCUCACGCAAUGCGCGUUCGUGGAGCGAUAAGACAUCGCCUAGGCAACCGCCACUUGGACGUCCAAAUCAUGAAGAUUCUUCGUCAGUCGCCCUUCCUCGAAGGUCUUGCUGUGCAGCUGUAUAAGCUUGGGGAACUCGGUACGGAGUUCAUGAUCUGGCGACUACUGCACGUGCUCCCUGUCAACCCAUUGUGGGAUGAGUUCCGACGUUUAGCUCGUACCCUAGCCGAUUAUGGCGGCAACAGUGAAUGGUCUUUCGAAGCCAACAUCUCCUUACUGUCGCGGAAAGCCAAUAGAGGAAUGCACUUGAUGAUCAAACGUCUUUGUGAUCCUCACACAGAAUUAGGUUCAUUAGGACCGCCAGGCCUGCUCGACAUUGAUGCACUUCGUUUCGAACACGAUUUGGUCAGGACAGCAAUCCACUCAGGCGACCUUUCCAUCGUGGAGAUACUCAGCACCUCCGCGGCGCUGCAGGAUCUAUGGCGAGAAGAUGGGGAUGCUUUAUGCGAGCUUUGUGUUGCUGGAGUACAAGCCAACGACUUUUUCGCGCUGGAAAUAAUCCUGGCGUAG